UGCCAUAAGUCGACGGAGUCAUGGACCCUCUGUGCUGGUUCCGUGACUUGGCCCUGACGACAUCGCGAAAGCCAUCCUCGCCUCAACUUGAUUGAGCUAUUUGCAUCAGCCUGGUGUCGCUGCCCUCCUCCGUCCACUAUCUAUCGCCCAGACAAGCGCCGUUCCGAUCCUAGUCCUCUCGUUCCGAACACCCAAGUACCGCAUCUGCACCAGACGGCAAACAUGGACGCAACAACCGACAAUGGCACGGCCAACCAGCCCGUCGUCUGCGUAUUCUGCGGGGCCUCGAGUGGCACAUCGCCCGUGCACAUGGAGGCUGCCCGCGCGCUCGCACAUGCCCUGCACAAAUCCAACACCAAGCUCGUAUACGGCGGUGGCACUGUAGGCCUUAUGGGAGAAGUAGCGCGUACCCUUGUUUCUCUCUCUGGUCCAGACAGCGUCCACGGCAUCAUUCCCGCUGCUCUCGCCCGCCUGGAGCAAAACUACGACCCCACCAAUCCUGCUAGCCAUGCUGUGAGCGAAACCAUAUAUGGCCGCACAACGGUCGUGAAAGACAUGCACACAAGAAAGCAGAUGAUGGCUCAGGAAGUCACCAAAGGAGGCCCUGGAGGCGGCUUUGUUGCCUUGUCUGGCGGUUAUGGAACGUUUGAGGAGCUCAUGGAGAUCACAACAUGGAACCAGUUGGGUAUUCACAGCAUGCCUGUCGUUGUGUUUAACGUGGAUGGAUACUGGACUGGGCUCAUUGAAUGGGUCAAGAAUGCUGUCAGGAGCGGCUUCGUUGCACCUACCAACGCCGGCAUUCUCUCCGAGGCGCUCACUGCGGAUGAGGUCAUGACGUGCUUGAAGGAGUACGAGAACGCGCCUGGACGUUUCAAUCUGACUUGGGAGGAACAAUAGCAUGUUCUCCUUGGUUUACUCCGGGAUAUGUAAUCGAUGUUUUGCAAACACCUAGGUAACGCCUGUGCUUGGGAACCAAUUACACUGCUUCUCACUGAAAUUUGGGUUCAGAUAUAGAAAUGUAAAGAUU